AUGGAACGCCAGACUGCGAACAUGCGCGAAGCCGUUCCUGUGGAUAAGAGGGUCGCCGUUGCCCUUUAUAAGCUUUUUUCAUCUGCCGAGGAGAGGACAGUCGCCCACUUAUUUGACAUGGGCAGAUCCACGGUCAACAUCAUUUAUCUCGAGUUCUGCGAAACCGUGGUGGCAUCAUUGGAACAUGAGUGGGCCAAGAUGGUAACUGGAAAUGACAUGGAGAACCACAUCGGGGAAUUCUAUGCUUCCACCGGAUUCCCGCAAGUUGUCGGCGCUCUGGACGGAUGCCAUUUUCCGGUUUCUCCGCCAAAGGAACACGCCAGCGACUAUAAAAAAGGCUGGCACAGCGUGAUACUGCUCGCACUGGCGCACCACUGUUACGUGUUCCGGUACACAAACGUUGGAUCACCGGGAAGAUGCCAUGAUGCACAUGUCUUCCACCAGUCAAGCCAGUCUCGCCUUGUUUCGGGGCCCACAUUCAGGCACCCAACCACCCUGAUAAGCGGCGUUGCUGUGCCCCCACUGAUACUUUGUGAUCAGGCAUUUCCCCUCACGCCGAACCUUAUUAAGCCAUUUGCGAGCACAAGCAGCUCUGAAGAGCAAAAUCAUUUCAACUAUCGGCUAUCGAAAUCUCGCAGAAUAGUAGAAAAUGCAUUUGGGCGGCUUAAAGCCCGUUGCAGGUUUAUAAUGAAGAGAAUGGAAUGUGACAUCAGCAAUGUGCCGCUUAUAAUAAGGGCAUGCUGUGUACUGAAUAAUAUUUGCGAACACUUUGGUGAUGCUGUAUCGCAGCAGUGGAUUGGUGAGGCGCAGCUGUACGACACAAUAUUUCAGCAGCCAACACCCACUAUGGAUGCACUCAUCGCAACUGGAAAAAACAUUCGAGCUGCAGUUUCCAUGCACUUUCACCAACACAUGGACCACUAG